GGAAAUUAGUGUCGGGGUGGGGCUUGCUGAGCUUACCACACAAAGCCUGCGGAUAAACAGACGGCAGUUCUAUGUAUGACCAUCGGCGAUCCGAAGCACAUCGGCGGUGCAAAAUCCCUGGCGACGUUAGUGCAGCGAACACAGAGCACUCAUGUUUCUGUCCCCAUGUAUAACAUCUACUCCAUCGCGAAAGGAUGGUGUCUUUUCUGAUCGUCUGGUUAUGUUCGCAAAAUGAACCUAUUAAGUGGCACCAAUGGAUUGUUUGCACAAAUCUGGCCAGCUGGAAAUUAAGACGUUAAGGAUAAUUAGAGUCGUCCAUUGACUUUAUGCCUUCAAUUAUGUUUUGAGCAAGCAUUGUAUAACAUGUUUCACAUAUCUAUCUUUGACGGUGAGGAAGGUUGGAAGAGCUAUUGAUCGGGGCCAAAGAAUCGAUCUGUCUGUAUGCGAGCCGUUGGUUCGCUCCCCUCCAGCCACUAUCCCACCAGGAACGGGCCUGCAAUGAAGCUGUUGAACUUAGUACUGACUGAACGCUCGUCUAUAAAGGCUGAUUGAAGUGCGCUCUCGCAUCACGAUUAGACUAAGUUAGUCCAAUUCGAUAAGACACUGUCUUGUAGAUGGAUGUGCCUAAGGCUUUUCUUUAUCUCACCUACUGCGAAAUUCCACAAUCUCGGACCUUGAUAAAUUUGAGCUUGUCAACCAGAAAGGCCGAUAUAGCUGACAGACUGACAUGAUAGAAAAGACGACCAGAAUAUUGCGGGGAGAGCGCGUGUUGUGCCGGUUGACCACACGUCUCUGUGGGAUUAGAGGUAAUUAAGGUCUCCCAUCUCUGUCUAUGGCUGUAUUCAGACGACUCAACAAAUCACAUCUCAGUUCCGAUGCCAGCUCACGCCUCUUCAAGCUGUGCCUACCGGUCAGUUUUUGUGUCAUGUCUAACAAAACAGUACUUUUGUCAGUGGCAGUUUGAUUAGCCGCAACGUCGCCUGAGGUCGGUUGGACAAGAGAAGGUUCGAGAUAAGAUACUAACUCUGCAGAUCAAUGUUGGUAACCAGACCCCGAGUCCGACCAGAGCAUGCUUCGCUACAGCCGUGAUUGUAUUUAUAGUGCCAUCUUGCGUACGUUUAUCAUCUGGAGGCUUCUUGAUUAACGGGACGUUAUAAUCGCAAUCGGUUUAUUGCGUUUUCACACCAUCUAGUUGUGCUGGGAGUCACAUUCGAUUGUGUGCUUUUUUUUCUCUCUCAAAUAAUGCCUCUGAUAAAACCGGAAAGCUUUAGAAAUGUUGGUGACAGUCUUGUGUGACCUUCAAGACGUGCGGUGGCGCCAGAGUCUACUGGGGGUAUCACUACCAAUCUGUUGGGUGCCGGACCAUCUCAAUGCCACUUACCCGUCCUACAGCACAAUUAUACUGCCGCCAGCAAAGUUGAACUGUCAUCAGUUCUGACAAAGCAACUGGAACAUACCAACACAAAACUCAUAUGGGUUUCAUUAAAUUUGAAGCUGGUUUUCCUUAACACCAGCUUGGGAUGUAUGUUCUUAAAGUUGCGUCUAAAAAGUAACAAAAUGCAAUGGGGUUACUUUCCAUUUUGCAGUGGGUCGUGGAACCUGUACUGUUCUAUUGACAAGGAAAGUGGUGCUAGCCGUAAACCUCGGCCCUCGGGAGAGUCACAGUGUUCGUGUUGGUCAUCGGGAACCCAGGGUACCAUGAAGAUGGCGCUGGUGGAACAAGGUGAUUCAGCCCCUCCACAGAACUGCCACAGACUAGUCAUCCUAGGCUCCGCCAAAGUGGGUAAAACCUCCAUCGUCUCACGCUUUCUUAACAACAAGUUUGACGACAACUACACCCCAACGAUUGAAGAUUUCCACCGGAAGAUUUACCGUAUUAAAGGAGAGCCUUACCGUUUGGACAUCCUCGACACUUCCGGCAACCAUCCAUUUCCGGCCAUGCGAAGGCUAUCAUUACUCACAGGUGAUCUAUUCAUACUCGUUUACAGCAUUGCCAGUCGGGAAUCCUUCGAGGAGGUGGUGCGCCUGCGUGAUCAAAUUAUUGAGUGCAAAGGUCAGUGCCUGAGAGACAAACCCCGAAGGACGACAACACCUCCCAUGGUGAUAGUCGGCAAUAAAUGUGACAGAGAAAAAGACAGGGUCAUCGAUCCGUCAGAGGUUGAAAAGCUAACCGAAGGACAAACCAAUUGUUGCAUUAUAGAAACAUCAGCAAAAAAAAAUAUUAAUAUAGAAGAUGUUUUUCUUCGAUUAUUUAACAUUUCUAGUUUACCGGCUGAGAUGAGUCCGUCGUUACACAGAAAAGUACACCCUCAGUAUGUCGGAGGAUCAACUUCUGGAUCGGGCCUGCGCGGUGUGUCAAUCCGCCGGAAGGCAAGUGACGCCUGUGGUACAGUGGCACCUAACGUGCGUCGACCGAGUAUACGUACGGACCUGCUGGUCGCUCAGACACGGACAGGACGGACUAAAUCAUCCCCAGAUGAGACCAGAGAUACCAAAUGUGCUAUCCAGUGACGUCGUCUGUCUGAAUAAGUGUAUAAGUGCUUCAUGACAUAGAUCAUGUAGACAUGGUUGUUUGAAAUAUAAACAUAAUGAGCAUGAAUUUGAUGCAGGUUCAUAUGAAAUGACAACGAGCGAUGAUCUAACUUCUCACGAAUACCUCGUCACUGGUGGUUAACAUUGUUUUACAUUGGCGGGACCACCUAUCCCACCACAACCAUCUGGUGUCCUUACCAAAGAGCAUGGAUUAUUUUCGCUCGUAACGUCCAAAUGGACAGUGUGAUAAUAACAAGCGAAUUGACCUUUGGUUGUUUUAUUUGGAUUCAUGGAAGAAAGCUGUCAUAAGUUUGUAUAUACAUUUGGCACUAUAUGGUCAUUAUUAUAUCAUAUGAUUCAGGCAUCUCAAAAACCUCAGGAUAAUGCUUGUCCAGUCGAACACUGGGAUGUUAUUUCUACAUAACGCUGUUCAUCGUACUGAGGGUUAUUGUUGAAAUGCUAAGUAACCGAAAAAAUUGUCAUCUUGCGAAAGAAGGUGCUUUCAACAGUCUUGAAUGAAGCACUUGGAGACAGGAGAAGUGGAAUUUCCAUUCCUCUCUGUGGCUUAGAAGAUCUGAUAUUCUUGAUUUUGUUGAACAUAAAAAACUGAAACCAGACUGGCAUGAAGAGUGUAAUUGCUAUGUAUUUGUACAUUGUGAAAUCGAUUUGUAUCUUUGAUUAUGAGACAUGUCAGUGAUCUUCUUCGUGAUGUCAGCAAAUCGUUCACUGGGUGUGUUGUUAUUCUUGUAAUUUUAUACAUGGGUUAUUAUAAUAUACAGGAACAACAUAUGAACCUUUACAAAUGUCUUGUCUUGUGCUAGUAAUUGCACAAAAUAUUGGUCACUGUUUUCAUUUAUUUAUUAUACAUAGUAGGAGUAGCACACGCUAAAUUCUCUUUAGGGUAUGUGCCUACAGGUCUGUACAUAUCAGCCUAGUCGAAGUGCAGUGCAGAUCGUCCCUCGUUACUUUAGUACCCAUUACAGAUUUCACAUUACGGCACAACUGAUCCCAUUUUUUCCGGAUUUGUUUUGCUACUAAAUUUACUUUGCAACAAAAAUACGUUUAUCUAAACUGUCAGACAAAAUGGUUGAGAAUACUAAUAAGCUCAGUAAUAUAUCUGUUACAAAUUGCGAUAUGUGCAAUAACGCAAUUUAUAACAAAUGUAUUUUAUAUGCUUACAAUUUGUUAUCACCCACCAUUAUUGCAUCUGGUUAGUCCUGUUUGGUUUCUGCAUAUU